AGUUCUCCUAUAUCAAGUGUGCAAGUGUGAAUGUGAGUGUGAUUGAGACGCGGCUCUGCUGCGGGGCGAGUGGGAGUCCCGCUCUGCGGUUCCUGUUCUCCGCGAGGAGCCAGGCCAGAAACGGACGAAGCGAUUGGAGAUUGCGUACAUGAAGUGUUGGGGCAGAAUCAGAAAUACUCUAAGACGGUGGAAUAGGAUAAGGAAAGUAUUGCGAUUUAAAGUAGAAUUUACUGACAUACCGAAAGCUACACAGUGUGAAUACGUUAGUGGAAGCCUAGCCCAAUUGGACAUAGAAGCACGGAUUCAGAGACAAGAAUUGCUUGACAUAAUAGAAUAUCACGUAAAGGAAUUCAUAAGAAAAAUAGAAAAGGAGAGUGGGAGGUUGGGAUACGAUCCUCUAGUAUUAGAAGAGUUUCUUGGUUGGACACCCGUUUGGGAACACGAUCCCCAGAUUAGCUGGUAUAUUACUGACGCACAGAUAGUAGAAAAAUCUGGAAGAGCACCCUAUAGGUUUGUCUGAUAAGCCCCUACCUCUCACAAACCUUAUCCAUCACUACAUCACCAGGCCCUACGAUAAUAAUGGGAAGCCAGCAAAGUAAGGACAUAAAAAUGAAAACCCCCCUGGGGUGUAUCCUAAAGCAUUGGAGAGAUCUAGGGGGAGCCCCAGGAGGAAACAUAAGCAAGAAAACACUCCUAAAAUACUGCACUCAAUGGUGGCCUUUGUACAAACUAGAUGAUGACGAGAAAUGGCCACCUGAAGGGACAAUAAAUUAUAAUACUAUUUUACAGCUUAUGUUGUUCCUUCGUCGAUUAGGAAAGUGGGAUGAAGUGAUUUAUUGUGACAUGUUUUUUACACUGAGGAACAAACCGGAGUGGCAGAGAGAAUGUGGAGUAAAUGUAGCACCACAAGACCCCUUAGUCUUGGCCUUAGAAAAGGAUAAGAAAAAUCUGAAACCAAAGGAACGCUGUUGUGAUGCUUGCAGCAUCGGACAACAGUGUCUUAAAUUAAAAAGAAGGGACAGUGAAGAAGAAAGUAGAAUAAGCUUAUGGGAGUAUCAACCAUAUGCUCCAGGAUACGGGAUACCACGCCCAAAGCGGAAAGAAGGUGAAAAAGACACUAGCCUGUUAGGAGAUAUUUCACUGGAGCUAGGGAGAUUUAAGACCAGGUAUAGCCCUCAAAAAUCAGGAGACAGCUGGGAGGAAGACAGCCCAUCGAAAUUAGAGAGCCCUCAAGGAGAAAGCAGCUCGCAGGGGCUGAGUAGUCCACAAGGAUCAGAAAGUUACAGAGAGGAGAGCGAUAAAGAGAAGAGUAGCCCCACGAGACCAGAAGAUUAUGGAGAAGAGGGUGGCACAUCGAAACCAAAGGACAGCAGGAAUAGGGAUACCAGUACACCGAGAAAAGAAGACAGUAUCUACAGAGUGGAAAGUAGUACACCAAGAGAUGCUAGUUAUGAGAAUGAAAGUAGCCCACCAAGACUAAGAGGUAACGAAAAAGAGGGCGAUUCCCCCAAGGUAGGAUGUAGUGGCAUUAUUAUUCAAGGGGAAAAGGAAGACAACACCCAAAGGUUAAACAUAGUGAUUCAAAUAGAUGAUAAGAGAGAUACCAGAGGGACAGAAGAAGACGAAGAGAGCAGCCCCGGACAAGCUGAGCGUCGACAGCGUCUCCUCCAAACCCAGAAAGAGAGGCGGCUAGACUGUGUGAACCAUGCCAGAAGGUUGGCAGAAGAUGACUGGGCAGGAACGGGGAGUGAAGACGAGGAACCGAAACGGGGAAAGAGAAAAGAAAAAAGAAAGAAUAGAAUAGAUACUGGGGCCCAAGAAGAAGACCCUGGGGAAGGAACUAGUCACCUACACUAUACUAGAUCUGUAGCACGAAAAGAGGCAAGAGAAAGGAUCGGGGGAAGUCAUACAAUAGCUCCCCUCCGACGGAUAAUGCCUAUCGCAGGAGACCAGGGACGAGUAAAGGUGCCAUUUACAACGAGUGAUUUGAACAGCUGGAGAGAAGAAGCCCGGAAUUUUAGGAAAAAUCCAGAAGGGGUAGCUAAGAGGUUCGAGUUAAUUGCAAAGAACCUAGACAUUGACUGGAAUGAUAUAGAAGUAAUGCUAUCAGAAUUAACAGAAACGGAAAAGGAACUAGUAUUAAAAACGGGGAGAGAUCAUGCCAGCAUGUUCCCUGAAGAGUUAGAAGUUGUAUUUCCAAGUAGAAAUCCGGAGUGGGAUCCAAACAACCCCGAUUCUUAUGGGAAACUGGUGCAAUAUAGGAAGCUAAUAGCAUUAGGUCUGCGGAAAGCAAUACCUAAAGCCAUUAACUGGGCAGCUUUGUAUGAUGUUAGACAGGGAAAGGAUGAAAGUCCCUCAGAAUUUCUGGAUAGACUCAGGACCGCCAUGAGACAAUAUACACCCCUAGACCCAGCAUCAGAAGAAGGGAGACAACAGCUACUAGGAUUGGUAAUGGGGCAGUGUACUCCCGACAUUAGAAGGAAAUUACAAAAACUUAAACAUCCAGCAAAUAGAGAUCUAGAGACAUUGAUGAAUGAGGCCUGGGAAGUAUACAACAACAGAGAAAAAGAAGAGAAAAAGAAGGAAGAUAAGAGAAUUGCUCGAGUCGUGGCAGUAGCAGUGGCAACUCAAAACGCAAAAUUCCCAGAUGCAGGUGCCAGGGGUAGAGGUCGUGGUUACCCUAUGAGGGGGAGAGGGGGAUUCAAGCCCCAACCCAUCAGAGUAGGACCGGAUCAAUGCUCCAAUUGCUUCCAGAUAGGCCAUUGGAAACGAGACUGUCCCCAGCUAAGAGAAAGGCUUGCAAACACUGCCAUUGCACAUCAGAGCAGUGACUGA